AUGGAGUUGUCCGCCGAUAAGGUGUUCGAACGUGAAAAGAAACAUGACAUGAUGUUGGACUUGACCUUGGGUGAUCAGAAGGCCGAUAAUCUUUUUGCUGGCACGGACCAAACACCAACGCCCACACGUCUAAUACGCAAUUGCGAGGAGGUCGGACUCUUUGAAGAUUUACGACAUGUGAAUCCCUUCGAGGAAACCUUUCGACGUGCCUGCGAACAAAACCAUGGGCAGACACCUAUGCGUCCACUAGACUCUGUGGAGGCAAACGCCGAUGAGGAUUCGCUGCACACACCACAAGUGUAUCCGCCACUGGACGCCAUACAAAGUAGUGAAAUGCUCACCAAGCCAUUGGACAGUCCCUCCUCAGCUACUGUGACGCUGGAUGUUCCCGUUGUCGAUGAGUUACUCAAUGCAGCAGCGGACGCCUACAAAAUCGGCACAUCGCGUCAGAAUUCAAACACCUCUACGACAUCUUCAGGAGGUUAUGGCAAAAUUUACAAAUAUCGAGCAAUUGCUGAAAAGCCCUCAGCAACAGGGGUGGCGAGCGGAUCUCCGCGCAUACCAUACAUACAUCUGCCAACAGCGGCCAUACAGUUGGUGCAGCCGCAGCUGAUAACGCUGACUUUCCCCGAGAGCAAUGGCAACAAAAACUUGGCUGCAAACUUGGAAGCCAAGCCAUUAGGUACUGUCGCUAACAAUGCAAUACCAAUACAAACUGUUAAGCCUUUCAUCAUGCCGAAGUUGGCAGUCGCGGCGACAGCUAGCGCAACUGCAUCUUCAGCUAGCGGUACAACAACAACGACAACUGCAUCUCCAGCUACCGAUACAACAACAACAACAACAACAAAGCUAAAAAAGACAUCGACUGCAACGCAGUUGCCGCCGCUAAACACAAAAGCUCACAGCACCACCGCCAGUACCUCCACUGCCAAAACGGCAACAGCCCAAAGUCAGCUAACGACCCUGCAGCCACCGCAUGAACCAAGCAGCGCCAGCCUUACGCCCACCUCACAACUGCCCAUUAAAGAGCGUCUCAAGGCAAUUCUGAGUCUUGGCAAUAAAACGCACACGGCAGCACCACUGCAACCUACCAAAAGCAGUAGUCGCCGAGUGCGUGGCCAAGCAGUCGCCGCGGGUAAAUACGAUGAAGAUUCUAUGACGCGCAGGCGUGCAGCGGCCACACGUUAUCGCAUCAAAAUGCGUAACGAACACAAGGAUCUGCGCAGGCGCAACUGCGAACUACAGGCGGAAAACGAUAAGUUACGCACACACAUCAAACGACUAGAGCAGGAGUUGGCUAAAAGUCAGCAGCAGCAGCAGCAACAACAAAUUAUAUCAACAUCAAAUGGCAACUUACAAACUGUGCCGACACAAGUACAAAUCCCGCCCUCAACGCUGCAUCUGGUAAUGAAUAUACCGACAAUGGUUGUGCCAGCUGGGGGUCAACCUUCCUUGAUACAGCCAAUCACUUAUCGGGUGGAGAAGAAAUAAAGCAUGCCGCAGAUAGCCGGAGCU